AUGUGGUGGAAGGUGGCCACUUCCUGGCUCGCGGUGCUUGCCGGGACAGCGUUUGUAAUCAGAUUCUACAGCCCCGAACUCUUCAACAAAUUGACUGGGCACAUAUUCGAACGCGCACAAUCACCACUGGUUGUCGCAGAGCCACCUGCCAAACGCCAGAAGGCGAAGCGGACACUGGCAAGUCGACUCGAGGCGAGCAAUAGUGGCAUCUCCACCCCCACUCUAAGUGCCACUGAGGGCAAAGCCAACAAGAAGAGGAAGCUCAUUUCCCCGCCGGUCGAAAACCAGGUUGUCGCUAGAACCAACGAAGGCCGAUCAGUGACCUUGCCAAGAGAUGAGGAUGACGAAAUGAGCAACAAGGAGUUCGCUCAGCAGCUCGCCAGAGCGCAAGCUGGGACGAAACUUGAACCCGCCAACACUCAGGGCCCGACCAAGAAAGAGCGUCGUGCUGCUGGAAUGGCGAAUCAGGGCAAGCAAAACGGCCCAGUAGCUUCAGGACGGUCCACAGACACCUCCUCCACCACUGGCCGUGAUGGAGAUGACGAUGUCUCCCCUAUCGGAUCUCCCUCGACCGGCGCAGUGUCUACUGCACCUACUUCUCGCGCGGGUGACGUGUCGGAUAUGCUGGAAGCGCCCGCCGCCAAACCUGGCGUUUUGAGAUUGACCGAUGUCAAGGACAGCGGCUCAAAACAACCAGCCAGGUCGUCCCAGUCCUUCCAACCUGCCUUGACUAAGAAGCAAAGACAAAGGCAAGCGAAAGCGGCCGAGCAGAAGAGUAUAAGAGAGGAAUCCGAUCGUUUGCAUGAGCAGAAGAAGCAAGCGCAAUUACGGGCCGCGAGGAUAGCAGAAGGCAGCUCGAACCAGAUCAAGGCAGAUGCCUUCACGUCGAAGCAGAAUGCGUGGCAGUCGAGCAAGCCGGCGGCCGAGAAGCUGACUCAAACCUCUCGCCACGAGGAGGUAGGACCAUUGCUAGACACCUUCGAGAAGCCAGUAGCACCGACCUUUACAGUGCAUGGUGCUGUCACGUCAGAACCACUGUCGGAUGUUACAAACGCUGUGCCAGAUACAGCCAAUGUCAAUAUGGUGAGAAAGGAGGUCGGCGGGAACCAGACAAAUGCACUUGCACCCUCAGACCGCGAGAAGGUUUCCAGACCUACCUUAGGAAGUCAGUCUAGUUGGGCGGACGAAGUGAACGAGGAGGAACAGGACAAUUGGGCGAAUGAGCUUGCACAAGAGGAGAAGUGGGAAUCCGUCACCACCAAGAAAGGAAAGAAGGGCAAGAAAGAAAAUGGCGACACAAGCAGUGAGGCCAGUCUUUCCUUUAGCAGGCCGUUGGUCAAUGGCAGAUCAGCUGUCAAUGGUCACCAGACGAACGGUGUGAAAAAGCCGUCGGCAGAGUCCUCGAACCGAUUCCAGUCCAUUGAGGCAAUCACAGAUCCGGCUUUCAAGGACGCCGAGUGGGAGGCUUGA